GACAGAGGGCUGGGAUAAAUGUUUACAGUCUGGAGCAACUAGAUUGACUGAUUCUUCCUGCUGGAACUCCUCUCUUGACUCAGUGUUGGGAUUUAUUGAGAAACUUUGAUUGCAGGUGUUGAGGAAUUGUUGGUUUUGAUAACAGGGCUGCAGUUGUCACCUCUUGUCAGAAUGAGGUCCCUGGCCCUCGGCCUCUUCUGCCUGUUGUGCUGUAACGCAGUUCGACUGGACAGACGGCGUCCCAGACCCAAUGCAGCCAGAGGGCGAAAUGAGACUACUUCCCGAACCAAAGCAGUGGAGAACCCUUGCAAAGCUAUGCCGCUGGAUUUCGUCUUUGUCAUCGACAGCUCCCGAAGCAUCCGCCCCAACGACUAUGAGAAGGUCAAAACUUUCAUCAUCAACCUGCUUCAGUUCCUUGAGGUCGGCUCUGAUGCCACUCGAGUCGGUCUGCUCCAGUAUGGCAGCGUGGUCCAGCCAGAGUUCUCCCUCAACACCUACACCACAAAGGCUGAGGUGGAGCAGGCGGUAAGGAACAUGGAGCACCUUGCCACAGGAACAAUGACCGGUCUGGCCAUCCAGUAUGCCAUGGAGACAGCCCUCACUGAGGAAGAGGGAGCACGACCAGCAAACCUGCACAUCCCACGAAUUGCUAUGAUUGUGACUGAUGGGCGGCCUCAGGACACAGUGGAGGAGAUUGCGGCUCAGGCGAGGGAGGCCGGCAUCCAGAUCUUUGCUAUCGGAGUGGGCAGGGUGGAUAUGAACACUCUGAAGGCCAUAGGGAGUGAGCCACACUCUGAGCAUGUGCACCUGGUGGCCAACUUUAGCCAGAUAGAAACCCUCAUCUCUGUGUUCCAGUCCAAACUGUGUGGAGGUUCAGAGAUGUGUGAGGUGGUGGAUCAUCAGUGCCAGCACAUCUGUGUGAGCAGCCCUGCCUCAUACAGGUGCAAGUGCAGGAAAGGCUUCACCCUCAACCCUGAUGGCAAGACAUGUAAAGCUGAGGAUAUGUGUGCUGUGGUGGAUCAUGGCUGUGAACACAUCUGUGCCAACCUACCUGAUGGCUAUGAGUGCCGCUGCCGUCCAGGAUAUCAACUCAACAUAGACCUGAAGACAUGCAACAAAAUAGACUACUGUGACCUGGGGAACCAUGGCUGUGAGCACAACUGUGUCAGCAUUCCAGAGUCCUACAUCUGCAGGUGUAAGAAGGGCUACGUCCUCAAUCAGGAUGGCAAGACCUGCAGCAAGAUUGAUCACUGUGCUGAUGGCACCCACGGGUGUGAACAGGAGUUUGUGAACACGGAAGACUCCUGUGUGUGUAAAUGCAGGAAAAGCUACACACUCAGACCUGAUGGGAAAACAUGCAAGAAGAUGAAUCACUGUGCUGAUGGGAAACACGGCUGUGAACAGGAGUUUGUAAAUACAGAAGAUUCAUGUGUGUGUAAAUGCAGAAAUGGAUUCACACUCCGACCUGAUGGGAAAACAUGCAAGAGUCUGGAUCUGUGUCAGACAGUGGACCAUGGCUGUGAACACCAGUGUGUCAGCACCACUGACUCCUACAUCUGCAGAUGUUUUGAAGGAUUUAUGUUGGCUGAAGAUGGGAAGAACUGCAAAAAGCCAGAGUGUGGCGAUGGAGUCAUGGAUCUGGUUUUUGUAAUCGAUGGCUCUAAGAGUCUGGGCCCUGCCAACUUUGAGCUGGUCAAGCAGUUUGUAAACGGCAUUGUGGAUUCGCUGGACAUUUCCAGGACAGGCACACAUGUUGGCCUUCUUCAGUACUCCACCAAGGUGCGCACAGAGUUCGCCCUGGGCCAGUACACCACAGCGCAGGGCAUCAAACAGGCUGUGUACCGGAUGCAGUACAUGGGGAGGGGCUCUAUGACUGGCUCAGCCUUACGUCACAUGUUUGAGUUCAGCUUUUCAGCCAAAGAAGGAGCCAGGCCGAACAUCCCACGUGUCAGCAUUGUGUUUACUGAUGGGAGAUCACAGGAUGAUGUGUCCGAAUGGGCUAAUAAAGCAAAGAACUCUGGUGUCACAAUAUAUGCCUUGGGUGUUGGCAAAGCCAUUGAACAGGAGCUGAGAGAAAUAGCUUCAGAGCCUGAUGAGAAGCACCUUUAUUACGCUGAAGAUUUUGAGAACAUGGGAGAAAUUACAAAGAAGCUCAAGUCCAGGAUAUGUAAAGACAAACCAUCUGAUGAAAACAUGUGCCAGUGUGAGAACCAGAUAAUGUUUCAAAACCAGGUCACUGAGAAGCUGAAGAACCUGGCACAGAAUAUUGAAGCCAUGUCAAAGAAGCUGGAGACACUCGAGAAUCAACACGUGCGCAAAUGAAAGGCUGAGACUCAACCAUCCCCCCUCUAACUCGCAGUGUAGCUUUCACAGGAUCCUUCUGAUCCUGCUCAGCAAGCUACACUGAAACAUAUGCAAAAGAAAUGCUCUCUACUGAAGCUAUUUAUACACUUGUAUACAACACAAUGUAUUUUUUUCUCUAAUGUUCUUUGUUAUGUAACACCAAAUCAACUCUUUGUACAGUAAACUGACAAAUAAACAUUUCAUACUUCACAUUUAUGGUUUGUUUUU